AUGCCUUCACCCUUAGAGACUUGGUUCUCUGAAAUCCCACCUAUAACACGUAUAUAUGUAUCUGCAGCAUGUGUUACAAGUAUAGCUGUGCAACUUGGGUUUGUGCAUCCUUUACAGUUGUGGCUCAAUUAUGAAAGCAUCGUUCAUGAUUUCCAGUGGUGGAGGUUAAUUACCAACUUUUUCUAUUUCGGACCCUUAUCCAUCGAUUUUUGCUUUCAUGUAUUUUUUUUAGCGCGAUAUAGCCGAAUGAUGGAAGAAGGAUUUUUCAGAAAUAAACCCGCAGAUUAUGUAUGGCUUAUGGUAUUCUCGGCCAGUGUCUUAAUUAUUUUAUCCAUCAUCGUGCCAUUUGCAUAUUUACCAUUUAUGGGAUCUGCACUCUCAUUUACUAUGGUUUAUAUCUGGGCUCGACGAAACCCAUAUGUCAGAUUGAACUUCUUGGGUCUGCUUGUUUUCACCGCACCUUAUCUUCCUUGGGUGCUCUUGAUAUUCUCCUUAUGUUUAGGUGGGCAGGUACCCGUAGGUGACAUCUUGGGAGUUUUGGUAGGUCAUAUCUAUUACUUUUUUGAGGAUGUAUGGCCAAGGGAACCCAUGAGCAACGGUAAGAAGUAUUUAGCCACACCUCGGUUCAUGUAA